AGGGAGUCAGCUUCUCCCUCUGACCCUCCCCCCUCUCAUGCUCUCUCUCUCUCUCAAAUAAAUAAAUAAAAUCUUAAAAAUUUUUUUCCAGGAGUUACAGGCACAUGCAAUUUGGGAGUAGAAAGUGGAUUUUAAAAUUCAUAACUUCUUCUAACACAAUACAGCAAUUUUUUUGUAAUUGAAUGUAAGCACCCAAGAGCAAGAGUUUUGUGUUUAAUUUACCAUUUUAUCUCCAGAAGCUAGAAAACUGCCUGCAUAGAGAAAUACUGGUUAAAUGAAUAAAUGAAUUUGUCUUGAGCAGUUUUGUAUACUGAACUUGUACCUUUAAAGAAGAUGAAUAUAAACAUAGAUAUGUAAGUAUUACUUUUGCUCUCACAAAUAUUGUUAGCACCUGAAGAAUACUGCACAAUGGGGUGGAGGGGAGUUUAUAACCCAAAAGGCUUUCCUUUUGUUUUAACUGUUGCAUGAUGCUUUGAAAUGAAAACAAAAAAACCUACCAAAAAACCCACAAAAACUGAAGUUGUAAGGCAGGACGCUUGGUGGCGCUGCAGGUUAAGAAAGUGGAAAAACUCUGCACCCUCUGUAACAGCUGAGCAGUUUCCGGCUACUUGAAAAGGAAACGUUUUACACUCUUGGGGGAUAGUAGGUUUCAGAGAGGCCGCUAUCCCCAUGUCAGUCAAUGUUAGGAACUAACUCAAGAUUAUUGAAUCAAGAUAGUAGAGUUGGCUGCACAGCAAUUACUUUGUGAUUAAAUACUGCAUCUUUUGGACGCCAAAGAACGAUGGAGACAACGCUACCCAAAGCGCAGCAGAAAAGGCAAGUGACCGCCAUUAUUAUCCUAAUAAUGUUAAUACGGUGGGAAGUGGGCAGUACGACCAUUAAGUAUUCGGUUCUAGAAGAGAGGGAAAGCGGCUCCUUUGUGGCCAACCUCGCGAAAGAUCUGGGGCUUGGCUUGGGGGAGCUGGCCGCGCGGGGUGCUCGAAUUCUUUCCAAAGGGAAUCAACAGUAUUUGCAGCUCGAGCAGAAGAGUGGGAAUUUGCUCCUAAAAGAAAAAUUGGACCGGGAAGAGUUGUGCGGUGACACAGAUCCAUGUAUACUGCAUUUCCAGGUCUUAUUAAAAAGCCCAGUGCAGUUUAUUAAAGGUGAACUACAGCUACGAGACAUAAAUGACCAUGCCCCAAAAUUCUUGGAAAAUGAAAUCCUCCUGAAAAUCUCAGAAAGCAGCCGUCCAGGGACUGCAUUUCCUUUGAAAAUAGCUCAAGAUUUAGACGUGGGCAGUAAUACAGUUCAGAACUACACUAUUGGCAACAACUCCCAUUUCCACCUUUUCACUCGAAAUCACAGCGAUGGCAGGAGAUACCCUGAGCUGGUGCUGGACAAAGCGCUGGACCGGGAGGAGGAGUCAGAGCUCAGGUUAACGCUCAUGGCCAUGGAUGGUGGGUCACCGCCUAGGACUGGGACUUCUCAGGUUCUCAUUGUAGUCUUGGACAUAAAUGAUAAUGCUCCUGAAUUUGCUCAGCUCCUCUAUGAGGUGCAAAUCCCAGAGAACAGCCCUAUAGGGUCCCUUGUCAUCACUGUGACUGCUAGAGAUUUAGAUGCUGGGACCCUUGGAGAGCUCUCCUACUCAUUUUUCCAAUCCUCAAAUCAAGUGAUUCAGGCCUUUGAAAUAAACUCAGUCACAGGGGAAAUUCGAUUAAAAAAAAUGUUGGAUUUUGAGGAAAUUCAAUCUUAUCGUAUGGAAAUUGAGGCUUCAGAUGGCGGGGGACUAUCAGGAAAAUGCUCUAUAGCCAUAGAAGUGAUGGAUGUAAACGACAACACGCCUGAACUGACUAUGUCAGUAUUCACCAGUGAUAUCCCAGAAAAUACCCCUGAUACCGUGGUCGCUAUUUUUGGAAUUUCAGAUCCAGACUCCGGGGAAAAUGGCAAAAUGAUGUGUUCCAUCCAAGACCAUCUCCCCUUCCUUUUGAAACUUACUGUAGAAAAUUUCUACACCUUAGUAACUGAAGGAGCGCUGGACAGAGAGAGCCAGGCCGAGUACAACAUCACCAUCACCGUCACCGACCUGGGGACCCCCAGGCUGAAAACCCAGCACAACAUAACGGUGACGGUCUCCGACGUCAACGACAACGCCCCGGCCUUCAGCCAAGCCGCCUACACCCUGCGGGUGCGCGAGAACAACAGCCCCGCCCUGCACAUCGGCAGCGUGAGCGCCACGGACAGAGACUCGGGCGCCAACGCGCAGGUCACCUACUCGCUGCUGCCGCCCCAGGACCCGCAGCUGCCGCUGGCCUCGCUGGUGUCCAUCAACGCGGACAACGGGCAGCUGUUCGCGCUCAGGUCCCUGGAUUUCGAGGCGCUGCGGGCGUUCGAGUUCCGCGUGGGCGCGGCCGACCGCGGCUCGCCGGCGCUCAGCAGCCAGGCGCUGGUGCGCGUGCUGGUGGUGGACGACAACGACAACUCGCCCUUCGUGCUGUACCCGCUGCAGAACGGCUCCGCGCCCUGCACCGAGCUGGUGCCCAGGGCGGCCGAGGCGGGCUACCUGGUGACCAAGGUGGUGGCGGUGGACGGCGACUCGGGCCAGAACGCCUGGCUGUCGUACCAGCUGCUCAAGGCCACGGAGCCCGGGCUGUUCGGCGUGUGGGCGCACAGCGGCGAGGUGCGCACGGCCAGGCUGCUGAGCGAGCGCGACGCCGUCAAGCACAGGCUGGUGGUGCUGGUCAAGGACAAUGGCGAGCCGCCGCUGUCGGCCAGCGUCACGCUGCACGUGCUGCUGGUGGACGGCUUCUCGCAGCCCUACCUGCCGCUCCCGGACGCGGCGGCGGCCGAGGCCCGCGCCGACCCGCUCACCGUCUACCUGGUGGUCGCCUUGGCGUCGGUGUCGUCGCUCUUCCUGUUCUCGGUGCUGGUGUUCGUGGCGGUGCGGCUGUGCAGGAGGAGCCGGGCGGCGUCGGGGGGCGGCUGCUCGGUGCCCGAGGGCCCCUUUCCGGGCCACCUGGUGGACGUCAGCGGGGCGGGGACCCUGUCCCACAGCUACCAGUACGAGGUGUGUCUGAGGGGAGACUCGGGGACCAAUGAAUUCAAAUUCCUCAAGCCAAUUCUCCCCAGUUUCGUGGGUGAGGGGGCUGGUAGGGGCACCGAGGAAAACUCUCACUUUAAAAGAAAUCAUUUUGGGUUCAGUUAGGCAUAUCACCUUAAAAGGAGAUAAAUGAUAAUUAUAACCAAUGUCUUAUUAGUUCGCAACCCGGUCAUUCACAUAAAGAGCUACAUAUUCAUACAUUAAAAAUUAUUGUCAUAUUUAUAGUUAUUUCAACUUGUUGAUGUAUUUUACAUUCUGAAUCUCUGGGUGUUUGUUGUUUUUGCUGUUGUUGUUUUUAGCCAGGUCACAUUUUGCAUGUUCAUACAAUAGUGGAGAAAUAUUGUUUUUCAGUUUUGGGGGGUUCAGAUUUUUGGAGGUCGUAAAUGUUUUCAGAUUCCUGAUGUUUGAGCUUGUUCACUGAUACCUACUUAUGACUAAGAGAAUUGUGUUUUCUGAUUAUCAGCAUAUUAUGUUGUAAAUGAUGGCUUUCAAUUUUAAAAAUACUUUUCAUUCAUACAAAAUUUUUUGUUACCUUGGAAAUGGUUGGGUUUCUGUAGUGUUGUUUUAAAAACACUAUUGGGGGCGCCUGGGUGGCUCAGUCGUUAAGCAUCUGCGUUCGAUUCAGGUCAUGAUCUCAGGGUCCUAGGAUCGAGCCCUGCAUGGGGCUCCUGCUCCGCAGGAAGCCUGCUUCUCCCUCUCCCAGUCCCCUUGCUUGUGUUCCCUCUCUCUCUGUGUCUCUCUCUGUCAAAUAAAUAAAUAAAAUCUUUAAAAAAGAUAAAAAUAAAAACACUAUUGUCUUUCCUCAAAGGAACUAGUAUUUUAUCUGGAUGUUUUCUAAGUUGAGUAUUUUCUUUCAAAAUUGAUAUUGAACAAGACUAUCUGAUACUAUUUUAAAUAAUUCAAUCCCUGUUAAAUAGAAAAAAUGUUAGUAGACUGAUGAUUACUUAUAAUAAAUGGUUUGGGUGUGUAAAUAAUGAUUCUCAUUCUUUUAAAAUAAUAUAUAGUCACAUGAUUCAAACAUUCAAUAUGAACAAAAAACAAAGGAAUUUUUUUCAUUUUCAAAUUUUUAUUAAAUUCUAGUUAGUUAACAUACAGUAUAAUAUUGGUUUCAGGAGAAGAAUAAUAGCCACAGAAGAUUUAACCAAUAAAACAUAAAUCUAUUUCUCUGAAAAAUUCAAGGGUAUUUAUUUUUAGUUAAAUUGGUGGAUUGGAUAUGUACCUUUAAUUUAACUUCCUCUAAAUGUGCAUUAACAUAAAAAUGAAGAGCUAUUUUCAAAAACAUAAACUUAAAAGAAUGGAAAGAAUAAGGUAGAAGACAACAGAGAAAAAUCUUAGUAGCUAGAAAGUAGAUGAAUGACUUAGUAGACUGACAAACCAACUACCAAUCCUGAAGUGGGAAAAGCUGAGAACCAAUCCUAUUUAGACAGCAGGAUUUUCAGAAGCAUCGGAGCUGUCAGCCCUAGGUACUCUGGAAAUGAUAAUAGGGUGCCAAAUAUGGAGGAUCAUAUUAAAAUUGCCUGAAAAAUGGUUAAAUCUGUAGCAGAUCACUUUUCCCCACUGCAGUCAGUGAGCAACCUAUUUCUCUGAUCCUGGAAUUUUGAUUUCUCAUGACAGCAAAAAGGGGAGUCAUUAUAUUAGAAGUUCCACUGGCAAAAAAUUGAGGGCAGGGUAAUAUGGGUGGUGGAAAUAAGUGACCAUCUAAACAUUGAGUGCUGACUGAUUGUUAAAACACUAUGAUAAUCACUGGGACCAAUCACUGAUGUUUCAGUUCUCUCAGACACAUGGCAGAAUUAACUUUCUUCCUUCUUUCCUUCUUUCUUCCUUCCUUCCUUCCUUUGAGAAAGCAUGGGCGCACCAAGGUUGGGGGAGGAGCAGAGAGAGAAUCUUAAGCAGGCACCAUGCUCAGUGUGGAGUCUGACUCAGGGCUCAAUUUCAUGAUCCUGAGAUCAUGACCUGAGCUGAAAUCAAGAGUUGGAUGGUUAACUAACUAAGCCAUGCAGGCGCCCCUGGCAGAAUAUCAAUAUUUCCUCUUUAAAUUAUGUAUGACCAUGUAAUUUCCUUUAGCCAAUAAAAUGUGAGAAGAAAUGAAUAACUUCUGUGCUAAAGCUUUCAAAGACUGUACAUGGUUUAACACAUUUACUUUCUCCAACAUAGUGAUCCUGAAAGCAUAGGUGGAGAUGGAGUCUCCAGAAACCUGGAUCCUUGACUGACCACUGUAAGGGCUCCAUGCUGAACUGUAUAGGAUAUGUAGUAUAAGAAAGGAAUCAACCGUAAUUGUCUUAGGCCAUUGAGAUUUGGGGUUGUUUGAUACUGAAGCAUUAUCUAACAUAUCCUGAGUGAUGUAGAUCUCCACCUCUCUUCUUCCAUCAAUCCUUUACCUUUUCAAUCUAUGCCUUUUCCUUUUCGGUAGAAGAUUUUAUAGAGUUGAGUAAUCUGACCAGUCCAAGUAGAAAGACCUAAUCAGACUAACACUGGGGUUUCCCCAACUACAAGUGCUCUCAGUUCACCUUAGAGUACAUAUUAAAAUGGACAAACCCUGCCAACAUGCUCAGACCUAUCACUUAGCUCCUUAGUCUACCAAAUUAAAUUAAGAACAGACACCUGAAGAAAGUUUCUAAAAAGAAAAACAGAAACAAAAACCAAGCAAAGAGGAAAGAAGGUA